CAAGUGGAGCAGCAGAAAAAAAAGAGUUGAAAUCCGUUCCCGCGUUUGAGAGAUGGAAGCAGACCACCCCUGGGAAACUCUAGACAUUGACGAUUGUGGCCUCCCUUCCCUUCUCCGCCCCUGCAAUCACAAGCCCCUAAAAUCUACCCCGCCCUUCCCCCUCAUCUCCCAAUCACUAUCUCCCACCUCAAACUCUUCACUGCCCUCUUCCCCGAACCUCAUCCCUGGCCCUGCUGGAGCCGUUCAAGCCGCUAUGCUUCGCAAACUUCAUUACAAUAACAAUUCCUCCUGCAUCGGUGAGGACCCCGUUCCUACCCAGGAGUACAUUAGGAGGGCCGUCGUGGAUCCUGCCGCCGCCGCCGCCGCCGACGAUGACUUCUCGCGUGAUCCCUGGCUUUUCGCCCUCGAAUUCAUACGCCGUGAAGGUUUGGUUGAUAAUGGCGGGACAAUUGGUACUCCCUUGAGUUGGAUCAAAACUGAACCUAAACUGGGCAAUAGAAAAGUAGCACAGGUUGUUGCCAUUAUCAAAUCCUGUACCGCAAAUGGUCUUGGUGAUCUUAUGGUGAUUCUCAAGGAUCCUACAGGUACAAUUGAUGCUAGCAUCCAUGGCAAAGUCCUAGUUGAUGGACACUUUGCAAAGGACAUAACUGUUGGCACGGUUUUGAUACUGCAGAAGGUUUCAGUUUUCUCACCUAUGUGCUCUGCACGUUAUCUCAAUAUAACGCUCAACAAUGUCGUCAAGGCAAUACCAAAGGAUACUGAGCCUCUGUCAGAACUGAAUCAUACAUCAAGGGUCAUAUCUACUGCUAAUGGCAUUGGAAACACCAAAGAGACUUGGAACCAACAGAAAGUGUCCAGUCUGUCACCAGACAGAAAUGCGAAUGUUAUGGAUAACCUCGGACAGACUGGUUAUAUGAGAAGGAGAGUGCUGAAUGAUAAUGGAAAUGAAGCAGACGCAACAUUGGGAAGCAGAUGCUGUGUUAAUGGAAGAAAUAGAAGUCAAAAUGGUUCUGCAGGAAAGGAACCCUCAACAAGUCAGGUUAUCACCAAUGGAAUGGAAAAAGCUGCAUUGCUAGCCGGCAUCAAUGGCCUUGAGGAAAAUGUUGUGGUCAAGAAGCAGCCGGGUUCACAGAAUGUGGUAGGGAGAGACAAUCACCUGAAAAGCAAGCAAAGCAGUGGUGAUCCAAAUUUGUUUGGCAUUGCUAACGAGCGAGAGAGUGUAACUAUUGAUGCAGAUAAGGAACGAAGAGAUAUACCAAUUUCAAGAGGCUCACUUCCGCAAUGGACUGAUGAACAAUUAGAUGAGUUGUGUUCAUUUGAUUGAGUUGGUGUUGAAGAAGGACCAAAUUGUAUUGAUAAUAAAUAUGGGAUCAUACUAAUUUUGUAGUGUAUAUAGAAUGCAGAGUUUGGUAACCAUAUACUAAUUUUGCAGUGUAUAGAUUGCGAAUUUGGUGGUUGUACAUUCUGUUGUGGUUUUAUUAUUAUUAUUAUUUAUCGAUAA